UUUUUGGCAAAAAACCGAAGUUGUAUCAUUUUCCCGAUGUUUGACAUUAAGUCAAAACAAUCACGAUAGGUGAAAAAUGUUGUUCGUGGUGGUAGGUAGCAUUCGGAAAGGAAGCGACGGAAGAAAUCUGGAAAAAAUCGACUGCUGCGCGUCGCGAAAAGUGCGUGUGUUUCAGUAAAAUGUUUUCUCUCAAUUGCAGCGGAAGUCGGCAAAAUAAUGACGGAAUCGUUUCCGCUGCAUGAGUGCGUCUUUAACGGUGAUACCCGAAAACUGUCGCUGCUGCUUCGUACACACGAAAUCGCCGAAAAGGACAAGCAUGGAAACACUCCACUUCAUUUGGCUGUUAUGCUAGGAAAGAAAGAAUGUAUCUUUCUAUUGCUUGCACAUGGCGCACCGGUUAAAGUAAAAAAUUCGCGAGGAUGGUCACCAUUAGCGGAAGCGAUCUCGUACGGAGAUCGGCAAAUAAUCAGCUCACUGUUGCGGAAACUGAAACAACAGGCUCGCGAACAAAUGGAACAACGGCGCCCAAAUCUGGUAAAAGCCCUCAAACAGAUGGGUGACUUCUAUAUGGAGCUAAAGUGGGAUUUUCAUUCGUGGGUUCCACUUAUCUCACGCAUACUUCCCUCUGAUGUUUGUAAAAUUCAUAAGUCCGGUUGCUCGAUACGACUCGAUACGACGUUGGUCGAUUUUUCCGACAUGCGCUGGGAGCGGGGUGAUAUUUCGUUUAUUUUCAAAGGCGAAAACCCUCCAAAGGAUUCGUUGACAGCGCUCGACAAUGAGUGCCGUUGCUAUCAGCACGUUCGGCACGAGGAAACGGAGAUGGAGAUUGAGGAUGAGGUCGAUAUUCUGAUGUCGAGUGAUAUCCUUGCAGCACAGAUGUCAACCAAGGGUAUUAGUUUUACGAAAGCACAAUCGGGAUGGAUCUUCCGCGAAGAUCGGCGGGAAACGGUGGCCGGACAGUACGAUAGCGAUCUCUACACGAUAAAUGGUUUGACGCUGGAGCAGCGCAAACGCCGCGAGCACCUAUCGCGGGAUGAUCUACAGAAAAACAAAGCGCUCAUGGAGUCACUGACGAAGGGAGGACAGAGUCAACAAGGCGGUAUCGAUCAGAAUGGAGAGAUUUAUCGGAGAGAAUCGCUUCAGCCACCACCUAAUAGUGAGGUUACCUGGGAGGAAUACGUUUCGGCUGAGCCGGGCCAGUAUCCCAACUUAGGUCGUGAACUAGUGUAUAAGGAAUCAAGCAAAAAUUUUAAAGCCACAGUAGCUAUGAGCAAAGACUUCCCACUGAGUGUAGACAUGCUGUUAAACGUGCUGGAAGUAAUAGCACCGUUUAAGCAUUUCAGCAAGUUGCGUGAAUUUGUAACGCUGAAACUACCCAGCGGCUUCCCGGUGAAGAUCGACAUCCCCAUCCUGCCGACAGUGUCGGCUAAGAUCACGUUUCAAAAGUUCGAAUUCCGGGACGAUAUUUCGCCUGAUCUGUUCGUCAUUCCGGAGGACUACAAAGAGGACACGAUGAGGUUUCUUAUUUAUUUCAUAGAUUUCCUGAUUUAUGACCUUUCGAUAUCGACGGACUAAAUUCACGCGCGCUGCUCUUUGCUGUCAGCCGACCUGGACAAACCGUACCGCAGCCGCUAUCGUUGCCUGUUUCAACAAUUGGCGGUUACGGGGAUGCGGGAUACUCGUGUUCACCUUCUCCACAACUAUUGAUUCCCUCGUCGAUGGAAAGUUGGCCCAAAACUGACUUGCAAUUUGUUCUCCCUACUCAAAGCUAUCGGUUUCUGACGGAACGAACGCAUUGAUUUUGAACAA